AUGGAUUCUUUUACUAACUUUGUUCGUUCUUUUGGUAAAUGUAGUUAUAUGAAGAAAAAUAAUGGUAAAAGUUUUAUGGUUAAUCCAAAAUAUAAAGAUGAAGCAAUGAAAAUUUAUGAUGGAACAAACUUUUGGGAAUUAUCAGAAAUUUAUGAAAAGAGCGAUGAAAUUAAAAAGAAAAUUAAAUUACUGAUCAUCGAGACUAAAAAACAACUUGUUGAUGAACAUGUAGACCACGCUGGACCACAAAUAGAGGUAGUGGCAAAUAAACUUGGUAAUAUUAAGUUCAAUGCAGAUGUUGAAGAAAUUAAAUCAUUGGAAAGGCUUGUUGAGAUCAUGAGAGCUUCAAAUGAUGAAAAGAAACGUGUUAAAGCCGUAGGAAGUUUUGAAUCGUUCAAUCGGUUAAUUGAAACCGAAGGAUUUCUUCUUUAUACUAAUAAUUAUCAUGGGGUGGCUAAAGCCGAUUUAGAUUGUUUAAAAGAAGAAUUUAAGUUAGAAAAUUUUUAUUAUGACGUAAAAUGUGGAACUACAAUUAAUGAAAUUAUAUCAGAAUUAAAAAAGGAUGAAAGAGCUGUAUUUAAUUUACCUGGAUAUGAUGGUCAAUCAAUCGUCGGGUGUAAUGCAACCUCAACACACGGGAGUGGCAUUACGCUUCAACCUUUGGCAUCAUUUGUAGUUGCAGUUAACUUUGUUGUACCAGGUGGACAAAUUUAUAGAGUUGAACUUACAAAUGGAAUCACGGAUCCUAUAUUAUUUUCGAAACAAUAUCCAAAUAUCCAAUUAAUUCAACAAGAUGAAACGUUUAACGCAAGCGUAGUAAAUUUAGGGGCAUUAGGUGUUGUAUAUCAAGUAACCAUUAAAACAGUUCCGUAUUAUAAAGUAAUUUCAAUGAGAGAAGAAACAACCUGGGAAGCUGUUAAACCCAUCUUAUCACAACGACCUUAUAAUGAAAAUGAUAUUUUAAAACAUCAUAAUGCAGAAGUAUGUAUUAGUCCUUAUACGCCUUACACUCUUGUUACAAGAAGAAAUAUUGCAACAAAGGAAGAUGAAGAAAAUUAUCCGAAACGACAUCAUAAAAAAUGGUUGCAAGAAUUUUUAACUUAUCCAAUUGUUAGUGAUCUUGCAAAAAAGUUAAAUGUUGAUGGAGUUGAUGAUUAUAAUAAUAUUUACUUGGAUGGAUUUAUUAAUGACUUUCGUGCUAUUGCCGUAGAAUUUUCAUUUUCAAUGAUAGAUGAUAAUCAUAUUAAAGCAAUCGAUGCUUUAAGGGAAACACUUCAAGAAAUUAAAGCAAGGCUUAAUUAUAAUAUUAAUGGUCCUCUUGUUAUACGGUUUACCGCUGCUUCUCCUCAAUAUUUAUCCAUGGCUUAUAAUACUAAUGGAGAACCAAGGUGUUUUGUUGAAAUGCCAAUCUUAGCAUACGAUACAAGAAUCGAUUAUUAUACACACGUUUAUAAACCAUUAUCUGGUACCGCAUUAAAAUACAAAGCAAGGUUUCAUUGGGGUCAUCAUUUAGAUUCUGAUUUAGAUUAUAAAUAUCUUUACAAUUCUUUUGAUAAAAAUGCUAUAGAUUUUUUUCUCAAGCAAGUUACUAAAUUUGAUUCUCAAGGUUUAAUGACUAAUAAUUUAUUAACAAAAGUUGGCCUUAUUCCUACUGUCGUUACGACUUCAAGAAGUGUUAACGUUG